CCAUGUACCAUUUGUGCAUGCAUGCAGUACACACGUACACGCUGACGUCGCGCGCGCAUACGUGUGCGCCAUGCUGCACGUACGGAAGGGGAGAAGUUCUGUUUGUAUUUUUAAAGAAAUAAUAGCUUUUCAUUUCCACCUGAAGCCUAGAUAUCAAUGUAGUCUUGUAGCCCAAUGUCAGCUAUUUUCUUCAGAUUCAACAGCCAGCACUGAAAACGCCCAGGAUGAGUCCAAAGCUCAGGAAUACAGGACAGAGCCACCGCACCACCCGGACCGAGACUGGAUUGGUCCGGUCGACAAGCGGUCCAAUCUUCGGCAAAUCCGCUUCGCUCAGCCACAGGACGAAACGGUCGGGGAAAGGAAACACAGAGAGAUGAGGGAAGAGAUUUACGAGUGGAACCACGCCUUCUGGGCUAAGCACAACCAGAACUUCAUUGAGGCCAAAGAACGUUUUGUUAAAGAAGCACUCGGCACUAAAGGAGUUGGCCUCUUGGAUGAAGAUGGGGCAAAGCGAGUGUUGAGUGCAGAUGAAAUGGCCAAGUUCUACAGGGAAUUCCUACAAGACAACCGGCAUACACUCAAGCUAUACAACCGGGAAUGGUACCGAAGAAAUACCGCCCUCUUGUGGCCGGCAUGCAAGAUUGCUAUUCAGAGACUGUUUAGAAGGUGACCCCAUAUGGAUCAACAGGAAUUUUCUUUCAACAGUAAAUACAAAAACCCUCCAGAUUUUAAUGUUUAAAAAAUGGAUGGGAACCCUUUGAUCGGUCAAAUGGGCAGGCUAUUCAUGAGCCAAGGAGACCACUAGCAAGUAAAUGCAAAACCUUACAAUUAGAGACCAUGGAGCAAAUUGUGGGAUGCUCCUGUUUGCGUCUCAGAAAUGUCUCGUGGGGUGCUGUGGUCCAAUGGUUACGGUGUUCGACUCGUGCCAUGGAACAUGGGUUCGAACCGUGACGGGGAAAGUGGUGCUUGUGUUCUUGUGCAAGGCCCUUUACUACAAUUGUCCUCUCUUUACCCAGGAGUAUAAAUGGGUACCUGUGAAGGUAGAGACCAAAUUGCGCUGAUCUCGAGCUGCUGCAGAAAAGUGGUCUCAUUCCUGAUAAACAGGGAUAAUAAUGGUAAAGCACUUUGACACCUUAGGUAUAAAGUGCUAUAUAAGCACCACAUUAUUAUUGUUAGUAUUAAAAAUGGAAGGCUCCAAUUUUGUAAGGAUGGUUUCGAAUACCAAGUUUUGCAAGAUUCCCAACCGUAUAGUGGAAUUCAAAGUGAAUUUUAACAAAUCCAGAUUUUAGUCCCACCACUAGUUGCAACACUUGAUCAUGUGGAGCAAUGACGUGCAGUCAUGCAUGUAUACUUGUGUUCAUGUACAUGUAUGGUUGCCUGGGACAGGUCAUGGCGUCUGUAUUCAUAAUGAAUAGAUGAGAUCAAGCUAUUUCUUUGAUGAAAAACAAGUUGAUGAAUUGUUGCUGGAUAUCACAUAAUGAGUUGUAAGGAGAUCUUUGCAACUCCUCGUUUUAGAGCACACUCAGAUCCCCAUUUUGAUAUGAAGACCAGGUUGGUCCUUUCCUCGCCUUCCACCGCUGUGACCCAAUAUGUGGAUUGGGUUUCAAAUUUCUAGGGUAGUGCCAUCCUUCGUGGUGACUCCAGGUCAAUUACAAUGGCUGCUUCUGUACAUGUACAACAUUCCAAAGAAGUGCUUACACUGUAUAUUUUGACUUAAAAUGUCAGGGUGUUUUUUUUGGGGGGGGGGCAGAAUGUCUGAAAAAUUACACAAUUGUUUGAGCAAUUUCAGACUUGCAUAUGUAAAAAGGCAACAGGGCUAACAGUUGUACGUAGGUGUCACUGGCUGGGCCCGCUUAAUUAUUUUCAGACUUAAGUAUCGUGGAACUUGCUGAUUUAGAAUGGAUAACAUCAAAACUCCAAUCCUUAACUUAAAAUUGUUCAUUAUAUCCUCUGUGGAGCCUGAAAGAGAGAACGAUAAUUUUAUGAUACCUUUAU